GUGCUGCUUACGUACGUGAAUCUACACAUCGAUGCCGCAGAAAUCGUCGGGAAAGAGAGCCAUCCGUUGGCUUGAUUACUAUCACAGUGACUGCGCAGUGAUAUAUUUCAACGUCCAAGACGUAUACGAAAACGUGUCGCUAUUAUAUCGCAACACAAUCGUUUCUCUCGAGAUUUCUUCCUUAGAAUCAGCCUUGAACCACGAUGAAUAAAUAUACGAUCGACGAAGUUGCUCUGCACGAUCAUAGUCAGGAUCUGUGGAUAAUAAUACAUGGAAGUGUCUAUAAUCUCACGUCGUUCCUGACGGAACAUCCUGGCGGCGAAGAGGUAUUGCUGGGAUUAGCAGGACAAGAUGGAACAGAAUGUUUCGAUAGCAUCGGUCAUUCUGACGAGGCGAAACAACUUCGAGAAAAAUAUAAAAUUGGAGAAGUAACGAAUCAGGGAAGCGCAGUUCAAUCGAAGACAACUAGUGCAGAUGAACAGAUAACAGGAGAUAUAACAGAACCAAAGAUAGACGACUACGACGACUCCGAUCAUCAGUAUCAAGCACAAACGAAACAAAAGUCUUCGCUUCAAGGGUUCAUUUACUCAAUUGCUAUCGCAAUUUAUGCUUUUAUAUUCUACUAUUACUAUCAAAAUAUGUAAUUUGAAACGUUUCACGUGCUAUGUACACAAUACAGAUAGUUAAUUUUAGCAAAAUUCUACGCAAAAUGCAAUGUUAUAUGAAAUUUGUUCCAUCAAAAAUAAAUUUGUUAGGCUUUUUAAAUUUUGUUUCUCUUGUUUAUUGUUAAGUUUUUCAAGUAAUUUAUUAUCUUUAUAGAGCGAUAUAAAACUGUAUCUCUUAAACUCUGCGUUGAAAGAGAUAUGCGUUUAUAUUGCAAAGUUAAACAAUUAUUUUCGUGAUACUCUGACGAAAGAUCAUUAAACUAAAAUUAUAUAAUUCGGAUGAACAUACUUGUGUGUCUGCUCAUAAUAAUUUUACAUAUUAAAGUAGAAAGUUCCUUAUUGCUGUGUUUCUAUAAUUAAAUUUAUACGUUAUAAUGUAACCUGUAACGAAGCGGCCGCUGAAAAAAUAUAUUCGAACGGUUCGACAAAAAUCCGAUACAUUUUAUGUAACUCUUUUCAUUUUAGUUUCUAAUUUUGACACACGCUUAUAUAAGCAAUAUUUAAAUUUAUGUUUGAAAUGUACGUCCUGGAAAAAAAAUAUUAGUAUAUUAUCUAAAAUUCAUCGUGUAUCAGUAAUAAAUAUUUAUUAUAUAUUGCAGGAAAACUGCUAUCUUAUCGCAUAAGAAAAUACCGAAUGUGUGUAUACGUGUGUAAGAGAAAAAAACAUUUUGUUGAUAGUAAUAAACGGUAUAUAACCACGUUACUAUUAUUGGCUAAAAA